UCUGUUGCCUGUGUACACGUCUCCCACCUUCGCGACCCGUCUCCUCCCUCUCGCGCUCGCGCCCACCUCGCCGCCCGAUCCGACGCGCCGGCGUGGCGCCGCCCGCCGCCGAUCCAGCGCGACGCAGUCGGCCCUUCCUGCCGCCCCCUGCACUUGCGGCUCAUAAGCGCGCCAGCGGCGCAUCUGGCAGGCUCACGAGCGCCCGUGGAUCUGACCGGAGGCGGCGGCGGCUGCUACUGCCUCCGCGAUGUCGAGGGUUCGGGACAGGACGGAGGACUUCAAAGAGGCCCUCCGCGUCGCCGCGCUCUCCCAUGGCUACACGGAGGCCCAGAUGGCCGCGCUCAUGUCGUCUUUCAUCAUCCGGAAGCCGCCCCCCAAGUCUCCAUUCACCAAUGCGGCGAUCAAGACGCUUGAGAGUAUCAGGGAACUCGAGAGGUUCAUAGUGAAGCACAGGAGGGACUAUGUGGACCUGCAUCGCACUACAGAGCGAGAGAGGGACAACAUCGAGCAUGAAGUUGGUGUUUUUGUAAAAGCAUGCAAGGAACAGAUUGAUAUCCUAAAGAACAGGAUCCAUGAAGAAGAGAAGAGUGGAAGUGCAAAGACAUGGCUUGGCACUAGGGAUGAGAGUUCCCGGUUGGACUUGAUAGCUCAUCAGCAUGGUGUGGUUUUAAUUUUGAGUGAGCGUCUCCACUCGGUAACUGCACAGUUUGAUCGGCUUCGGUCCAUGCGUUUUCAAGACGCUAUUAAUAGAGCAAUGCCAAGGAAGAAGAUUCAGAAGAAACCAGAAAUCAAACCUGAUGAACCAUCCAAGUCCAAUCUUGUUCUAAAAUCUGAUGUAUCAAAAAUUGGAGAUCAGGAAGUAUCUGCUGCACCCAUGAGAGUUCAAGAACUAUUGGAUGAUGAAACAAGAGCUCUCCAGGUGGAGUUGACAAGUCUUCUUGACGCUGUCCAAGAAACGGAGACAAAGAUGAUGGAAAUGUCAGCACUUAAUCAUCUUAUGUCAACGCAUGUUCUACAACAAACUCAACAGAUCCAAUAUUUAUAUGACCAGGCUGUUGAAGCUACGAAUAACGUGGAGCGCGGGAACAAGGAACUAUCCCAGGCUAUUCAGCGGAACAGCAGCAGUAGAACCUUUCUCCUCCUCUUUUUCUUUGUUCUCACUUUCUCCGUUCUUUUUCUUGACUGGUAUAACAACUGAAUUGGUGCAUGAAGACAUUGUAAUUGUUUUGUUUAUUCCAAAUGACCAAAUUACCAAAACCACAUGUCUCUCUAAAAGUCUAAAUGUGACCUUUUAGGCACUGUAUUACUUUCCAACCCUUUUGUUCACUGCGCUCGCUAUCUGAAUAUGCUGGGAUUUUUAGUUUUA